UGUGGCCGGGUAGCUCGCAAUGAAAAUCGUCGAUACGACGCGAGUGUAUAUUCUAUGUCCUAUACACGUGUGUCGAACAUUCCUUUUAAAACAUUAAAUUAUUAAUUUUUCUCGUUUCGGUAAUGGUGGAUUAAAAUUUAUAUUGUAAUUUAUCGGUUUAUUAUUUUAUACACGUAUUAAAUGUAUUUAUAGAAUGUCUCGUUAAUGUUCAACGGUGGAUCGAUUUGCAAUUAUAGAAAAUAAAUUGUUCAACCGUGAAUGUAUUUCCUUUCGAGAAGACUAUAGAGAAGACUAAUGCAACGCUGUCGCCGCGUUACACAUACGUUUCCGCUUCAAGUGUUGCCUGCCAUCCAGGGAUACAUUCCGGUUUACAUAAGGUAUGGUAAUCAACCACUCGAGGAGAUAAAUCCCAAGUUAGCCGAGGCGUUUCACGAAGGAUCGAGUAUACAUUACGCUUACUCGCCGAUGAAUAAUUUGAAUAAGAAACUUGAUUUAGAUCUUCCUAAAGAUGAGAACGAUGAGAAAUUAAUAGAGGAGGAUUUGGAAAGGAAAUCUGCCGCGAAUGUGAUCAGAGAGGUUCAAGAAACGUGGAAAGUCGAUCAAUUAAACGAAGAUGGGAAAAAUGCAGAAGAGGAACGCAAAAGUGAGGUUAAAGGAGACGUGAAAAGUCCAAAUAAUGUGCACGAUUCGAAUUUCAAUCUCGCCGAAUCGUCUAUGGAUAAAUUUCGUUACAAGAACGAUCAAAUUUUUACCUCAAAUAUGAACGUCGAUCAAAUGAUCGCUCAAGAAUCGAUUCGAUCCGAUAUUUACGAAGAUGAUCAACGUCGUGCCGAGGAUAAUGCUUCUGACUCUUGACCCUGAAUGGAUCCAACUAUGGAGUUUGCUUGAUGAAAAAUAUUUUUUUUCCAUUCUCAAGUAGAUCCUUCGCAGGAAACUUAAAACUGCCGCUAGAAAAGCAACGAAAAGAGGAAAAUGAAUAUUCAGAAGAGAGAUCAAAAUUAAACGCCAUUCAUAGUGAGAUUUAUUUAUAGCAAAACGAUAUAUAGCGUAGAAUUUUGUGAUAAAAUAUUUCCAAUGGAUUAAUUUAACGCUCGCAAUUGUUUAUUAUAAAAUGUUAACAAAUUGAAUUUAUAUGUAUAUUAUUGUAUAUCUUUGAUUAACGAGAAUCAUGUGAUGCGUAUCGUGCUCAAAUAAAUAAAAUAUUUCAAAGACAGGAUACGAAAAAUAAAUGGUAUUUGCGAUAUUCGAAUUACAUUUAUAAAAA